AUGGGAGAUACGUCCUAUCUGUCGACAACGGCGAAUAACAUCGGCGACGCGUCGUUCGCUCCGCUGCGCGCUUCGACGUCCACAAACACCUAUGCGGGUGGCACGGCGGAAGCCGGCGACCGCACGCUCUUGCCCGCCUCGGGCGGGAACGACGGGCCGACGCCCGAGAUUGUCAAGUCGUCUGUGAUUGACGAUGCUACAAUGCGCUCGCUCUGCGCUAUGGAUUGCGGCCUGCCCCUGAUGGACGAGCGCCUGCGCCAGAGCCUCGAAUCGGCGCGCGAGGCGUCCGCGUUUAUCAAGAAACGCGCCGCACUCGAGGAGGAAUAUGCACACGGCCUCAGCAAGAUGAGCAAGACAUACGCAUCCGAGUACUCUUCGCACGAGGCUCGCGCGGGCUCCUACAGCUCGAACUGGAAGAGCAUGCUGCACGCCCAAGAGUCGCUCAGCGAGAACCACUUCCGCUUCGCGACGAAGCUCACCGCGAUCAGCGACGACCUCGCGAUACUCGUGCGCGACUCUGAGCGCCAGCGGAGGCAGCACCGCGAAAUGGGCCACCGCCUCGAAAAGAGCCUGCUCGACGCGGAGUCGAGUGUCGAGCGCGCCCGCAUGCGCUUCGACAUUGCGGCCGAGGACCUGGAACGUGUGUUCCUUGUGAAGCAGGGCGACACGCAGCGCGCCGCCGACAUGUCGAUCGGCGCAGCGGCGAGCAAGCGGACGCUCGGCAUGUCCUUUACCAAGGGCGGCCUCUUUAAGAACAAGAACCCCCAGCAGAUUUUGCGCCACGAGGACGAGUUCCGUACGAAGAAGAACACGGCACACGAAAUGCUGCGCACCGAGGCGCAGCAGGCACAGGUCGUCCGCCAGGAGUACUUUAGCCAGCACCUGCCGCACAUUCUGCGCUCGCUCCGUGAUACGCUCAACGAGCUGGACACAGGGCUGCAGUUCCAGCUGAUGCGCUUCGCCUUCUUGUACGAGAGCAUCGUGCUGAGCGACGGUAUGGCGGUCAACCCGCUGAACGAAAAGUCGACUACCAAUGGCCUGCGCGACUCGGCCUCGGCGAUCGACAAUGGCGCCGACUUUAAGGACUUUUUGCAGAGCUACGAGCUCGCGCACGGCAAGGACUUCAAGGGGCCGCGCCGCUUCAAUCCUUACGACGAGCAGACGCUCACGAACCUCAUGUACCAAACCACCCUUACUGGGCCGGGCGCGGGCGGCGACGAAGGCGCCAUGUCGGGCGGGUCGGCGCACGCGAUCUUUGGCGUGGACCUCACCACGCAGCUUAUCCGCGACAAUGUCGAGGUGCCGCCCAUCCUCGAGAUCUGCGCAGAUGCGAUCGAGCGCGUCGGCAUUCAAAACAUGGGCAUUUAUCGACUGUCGGGCACCACGUCGCGCGUGCAAAAGCUCAAGGCAAAGUUUGAUGCUGACUGGUCGUCGGUCGAUCUGAUGAGCGACGAGGCGCUGAGCGACAUUAAUAUCGUCGCAGGCUGCCUCAAGCUUUGGUUCCGCGAACUGCCAGAGCCUUUGCUCACCCAUGCAUUAUACCCGGCGUUCAUUGAGGCCGCCAAGGUGGAGAACGACUACUUGCGUCAGAUCCGCCUGCACGAGCAGGUCAAUGAGCUACCGGACGCCAACUAUGCCACUCUCCGCUUCCUGAUGGCGCAUCUCGAUCGCGUCCGCUCGCAAGAGUCGGUCAAUCAAAUGAGCGCGCACAAUCUCGCGAUUGUCUUUGGCCCCACGCUCCUCAGCCCGCCCCACGACGUGGUCGCGUUGGACGCCGCCGCAGGCGGGCCUGUGCAUCUACAGGAUAUGAGCCACCAAUGCCUGGUGGUCGAGACGAUCCUGCUCAAGUACCGCGACAUCUUCGUCGACAGCGAGGAGGAUAAAUAA